ACAUGAAUAGUCCAAAGCCCCAGAAUUUUUGCAUUCACUUCCUAUCAAUCUGAACCGACCAACACUGCUUCUCCUUAAAUUCCUCACUCCAUUCCACAAAUGCUGUUUUGUUUGUUAUCUCCAAUGCACUGCACUUCACUCACUCACACAACACAUCACACAAAAAGAUAUAGAUACUGUUCUAUUAUCCACACAACAUAGUUAGCUAAACAAACCUCAUCAGCAAGCAUGCCCCUCCAACAUUUCACUUCAAAGUUGAUGACAACUCCAAUUCUCAAAAUCUUGUUCCCCCUGAUCUCCUUCUAUCUCCUGUAUACCAUUUCUUCUUCCUCAUAUCAACAACAACAAUUGAAAUCUCUAACAAUAUCAAACUUUGAAUUCUGCCCAAGUAACUACACCAGCUACUGUCCCUGUGAAGACCCCAAAAGGCAGAAACGAUUUCCCAAUAAGAGAUGGUUCCGCAAGGAGCGUCACUGCCCACAAAGCAAUGAAAGGCUUACAUGCUUGAUUCCAAAACCUGUGGGGUACAGAAGACCAUUUCCUUGGCCUGAGAGUAAGGAGAGUGCAUGGUUUAGUAAUGUUCCUUUUCCAAAGCUUGCGGAAUAUAAGAAGUCACAGAAUUGGGUUAGAUUGGAAGGUGACCGUUUUGUUUUUCCCGGUGGUGGUACCUCGUUUCCUGAAGGAGUCAAGGGUUAUGUCGAUGCUCUCAAAAGUAUUCUUCCUGUGUCUUUGGAAUCUGGGGAUAUCAGAACAGUUCUUGAUGUUGGUUGUGGGGUUGCAAGCUUUGGGGCAGCUCUAACAGACUAUGAUAUCUUGACAAUGUCAAUUGCGCCGCGAGAUGAACAUGAUGCUCAAGUGCUAUUUGCCCUGGAAAGGGGACUUCCAGCUAUGCUUGGAGUACUAAGCACUCACAGGCUACCAUUCCCUUCAAGAUCAUUUGAUAUGGCUCAUUGCUCCAGAUGCCUUGUUCAAUGGACUGCUUAUGAUGGGUUAUAUCUAAGAGAGAUUGACCGGAUUUUGCGUCCCGGUGGAUUUUGGGUACUGUCUGGGCCACCCAUAAAUUGGAAGGAGAACUACAAAGCUUGGCAAACAGAGCCAGAGGUGUUGGAAAAGGAGCAAAACAUGUUAGAAGAGCUUGCAAUGCAACUAUGUUGGGAAAAAGUUGCUGAGGGAGAGCUAAUUGCUAUCUGGCAAAAACCCAUAAAUCAUAUCAGCUGCAAACAAAAGUUGAAGACUUUGAGAUCCCCCAAGUUCUGCAGCUCAUCUGACCCUGAUGCUGGAUGGCAUGAGCUAUUCAACAGGUAUACCGAAAUGACAGCAUGCCUUUUUCCUCUUCCAGAGGUGAAGGAUAUCCAUGAAAUAUCUGGUGGUGGUGUUGAGAAAUGGCCUAUGAGGUUGAACACUGCUCCACCAAGGAUCAGAAAUGAAAAUAAUGAUGGCUUCACACUCAAAAUCUAUGAAGAAGAUAACCAGACAUGGAAAAGGAGAGUCUCCUAUUACGCGGACUUGCUCCCAUCCCUCUCUUCUGGUAAAUAUAGAAAUGUUAUGGAUAUGAAUGCUGGCUUUGGUGGAUUUGCAGCUGCAAUAGGGAAAUAUCCAGUUUGGGUUAUGAAUGUUGUUCCAUUUGAUGCAAAAAGCAACUAUCUCGGCAUUGUCUAUGAGCGAGGCCUAAUAGGAACUUACAUGGAUUGGUGUGAGCCCUUUUCAACAUACCCGCGAACAUAUGACUUGAUACAUGCUAGUGGUAUAUUCAGCAUGUAUAUGGACAAGUGUGAUAUUACUAGUAUUCUUCUUGAGAUGCAUCGGAUUCUUCGUCCCGGAGGAGCUGUUAUUAUUAGAGAUCAGAGAGAUGUGAUUCUCAGAGUUAAAGAAAUAACCGAUCGAAUAAGAUGGGAAGGAGUGUUACUAGCUGGUGAUCAGAAUGGACCUUUUCAUCCAGAAAUGAUUUUGUUUGUUAACAAUGCUCAGUAAAUUGAUUGCAUUGUUCGUUCGUUUCCUGUAAUCUAGCUUUGGAUAGUUAAUUUUUGCCAAAUCAUUAUUUCAAUAGACUUAGACUUUUUUUUGUUUUGUUUUAGGUAGAAAUAUAAAAUAACAUAACACCAUUUAUAUGUCUUCACUUAAUAAUUUAAGUUCAUGAUAUGGUAUUUGAGUAAA